AUGGACCGCGACUUUUACUCGUUUGUCCGCCUUUCGGAUUUGAACCUCAACCUUACUUUUCGCAUCUCGUCGCUUCAAGGCAGGCUCGACCGCCUCACACGCACCCAGCUACUCGAGAAACCAGAAAGCCGUCAUUGGGGCUCUCAGCAAUCCCAGUUUCCAGACUUGAUUGUCGAAUGCCGACUGUACUCGGACAACAAACCGCUCAGCGUACCGGUGAGGACCGCCUAUAAACCAUUCCGCAACAAUCAUCAGUGGAAUGAAUGGAUCACGCUACCUUACAAGCUCUGCGACCUCCCUCUAGGCGCUCAGAUCACUUUUACCAUCUACGAAGUAGCUUUGAGCAACGCAUCACGCAUCAUUGGUGGAACGACGUUGCCCUUAUUCGGCAAGAAGGGUACGCUCAAAUCGGCGCAGCACAGAUUGUUCGUAUGGAAGGGUGUCAAGGCUGAUGGAAGCAUCGAGAGCGCUACGCCCAGCAAAGUGGGGGAGAUGAAAGACGAAAUGGGUCGUCUGGAGAAACUGAUCAAGCGACACGAGCGCGGGGAUCUUCCGCGUGUCGAUUGGCUCGACAAGAUGGCGUAUCGUCAGGUUGAGAAGGUGUAUCAAGCCGAAAGUCAGUCUAGCGACCGGCUGUUUCUGUACAUCGACCUACCUAGGUUUGAGCUGCCUAUCGUAUAUUGCGAGGCGGAAAGUAUCCUCCCAAAUGCAGACGCGCCACAUGGACUCUCUACCUUGUCGGGCCAGCUUGGUGGGUCAAAUCCUGGAGCAUCCCUCCCCGCGUCCAACGAGAUUGGUAGCUCGCAGAGCGCCUCCGGAAAUGGCCUCUCAAUAGCAUCUGGCAACCCUACUUCGGCUGCCGCGGCGGCGGCAGCAGCAGCAGCGGCGCUUUCGACUGCUGAUCCAAAUAGAAUCACCGCCUCGCUCUUCACCAUCUUUGAUCCAGAGAUCGCCCGAUCCAACCCAGUCGAGGCCAAACACCGUCGUCUUGUGCGUUCGCAUCGAUCAGGUCCGCUCGAUCGUGAGCUCAAGCCAUCAGCGGAGGUCAGAGACGAGUUAAACGAGAUCCUGUCCUACCCGCCAACGCGCGAGCUCACGACCGCCGAGAUGGAUCGCGUCUGGUCAUUCAGAUUUUACCUGACACGAGAUCCUAAAGGUCUCACAAAGUUUCUCAAGUCUGUUGUAUGGACCGACCAAGGUGAAGCAAAACAGGCAACCGAAGUGUUGCUACCCAUGUGGAAUGAGCCCGGGCUCGACGAUGCGCUGGAGCUCCUGGGGCCCACCUUCAAAGAUGCCCGUGUCCGAUCAUACGCUGUGCGCCAGCUAGAGCGAGCGGAAGAUGAAGAGCUUAUCCUCUACUUGUUGCAGUUGGUGCAGGCGCUCAAAUUCGACAAGCCAAUGACUCGUGCUGCCGGAGGUCUCACAGGCUCAGCUGUUGGAGACUUGGAUCAAGAUGCCAGACGGGGACAGCCUGUACCUCUGCAUUCAGUCAGCUCUCCUUCCACUUCGCUCACUACUGACAGAGGAGCAGAUAAAGACAGUAGUGGUCUCGCCGACUUUCUCAUUCGCCGAGGCUUGUCCAAUCCACUUCUGGGCAACGACCUGUACUGGUAUCUCGAGGUGGAAUGCGAAGACCCAAAAACGGGACCGCUGUUCAAGGCGGUGAAACGGCGAUUCUUGGAGAGACUUGGUUCGCUACCAACGGGUGCAGAGAGGAGGGAUACGCUGUCUAGACAGGCGACUCUACUUGCGACACUCUCGCGGCGGGCGAAAGAGUUGCGUUCGAAUCGAGACGCUAGGCCGAAGAAGAUCGAAAAGCUGCGCGCCCUGAUAGCUGAUCCUAAGAAUGGCCUCCAUCGGUUUGAUCCGCCCCUGAUGCUUCCACUUGAUGCUUCGGUGUCAGUGACGGGGAUCGUCGCGGAGAAGAGCACGAUUUUCAAGAGUAACCUCUUUCCGCUUCGAUUGGAGUUUACCACUGCGGAAAGGAGUACGCACAGCUCGGUGGGUGAGGCUGACAGGAGCGAGACAUUGCCAGACAGCAUCACUUCGAGUUUGCUCGAAGAUGAAGAGGAGGAAUCUCUGAUCAUCGAUGAGCUGACCACUUCCAACGCGAAGAGCUCGGAGGACAAGAAAGUGGACGGCGCGGGACAUUAUACGCUCAUAUUCAAGAACGGCGACGAUUUGCGACAGGACCAGCUAGUGAUUCAACUGUUCUCGUUGAUGGAUCGACUGUUGCGAAAUGAAAAUCUGGACCUCAAGAUGACACCGUAUCGGGUGCUCGCAACAGGUAGUGUAGAUGGGAUGGUCCAAUUUGUCGACUCACUGUCUAUAGCAGCGAUAUUAUCAGCACAUCAAGGAUCGCUGCUCAACUUUCUGCGCGCGCACCAUGCUCAACCGAGCUCACUGUCUACGUACGGCGUGGAUGCAGUGGUGUUCGACACCUUCAUCCGGUCGUGUGCGGGCUACUGCGUGGUUACCUACUUGCUCGGUGUAGGCGAUCGACAUCUUGACAACCUGCUGCUCUCUUCUGACGGCCACUUUUUCCAUGUCGAUUUCGGCUACAUCCUAGGUCGCGAUCCUAAACCUUUCCCACCUCCUGUCAAAGUUUGCAAAGAGAUGGUUGACGCCAUGGGCGGCACAUCCUCGGCACACUAUGCGCGCUUCAAAGCUUUUUGCUAUACAGCAUUUACGAAUUUGCGCAAAAACGCCAAUUUAAUUCUCAACCUCGUUGCACUUAUGGUGGACGCCAACAUCCCGGAUAUCAGACUGGAACCAGACAAAGCGGUGCUCAAGGUACAGGACAAAUUCCUGCUGGGCUUGAGCGAGGAUGAUGCCAUCAAGGAGUUCGAAGGCUUGCUAAACGAGACUAGCUAUCUGUCGACCGUCUUUGACCGGUUGCAUGAUAUGGCGCAGUACUUCAGGCAGUAG